AGAAAAAAAAAAGAACAAACUUUAAUUUUUUUUCCUAUUUCGCUUAUCUUUUUUUUGUUUUGUCCUUAUGGAUUGAAUUGUACAUCUGAUCUCAAGUAAUUGGUUCUCGUCCCCGAUCGAGUUUUCUUCUCCUAAACUCAAGAACUUGGUUUUGAAGAUCUCAAAAGGCUCUUCCUUUAUUGUUCGUUUCUACUCGGAGAUAGAGAGAUGGGUACAUACUUAAGUUCUCCGAAGACUGAUAAGUUAUCAGAAGAUGGUGAGAAUGAUAAGCUCAGAUAUGGUUUAACGUCUAUGCAAGGUUGGCGUGCCACCAUGGAAGAUGCGCAUGCUGCUAUUCUUGAUCUGGAUGAUAAGACAUCGUUCUUCGGUGUGUAUGAUGGGCAUGGAGGUAAAGUCGUUGCAAAGUUCUGUGCCAAGUAUCUACACCAGCAGGUUAUCAGUAAUGAAGCAUAUAAAUCUGGAGACGUAGAGACAUCUCUUCGAAGAGCAUUCUUUAGAAUGGAUGACAUGAUGCAAGGACAAAGAGGUUGGCGAGAGUUAGCUGUACUCGGUGACAAGAUGAAUAAAUUUAGCGGUAUGAUAGAAGGAUUUAUUUGGUCACCAAGAAGCGGUGACACCAAUAACCAACCCGAUAGUUGGCCUCUUGAGGAUGGUCCUCAUUCUGAUUUCACCGGACCAAAUUCCGGGUGCACAGCAUGUGUAGCUCUUAUUAAAGAUAAGAAGCUGUUUGUUGCAAAUGCUGGUGACUCACGUUGUGUGAUAUCAAGGAAGGCUCAGGCUUACAAUCUUUCUAAAGAUCACAAGCCUGAUCUUGAAAUUGAAAAAGAAAGGAUAUUAAAAGCUGGUGGCUUCAUUCACGCUGGUCGAAUCAAUGGAAGCUUGAAUCUGACAAGAGCCAUUGGUGACAUGGAAUUCAAGCAGAAUAAGUAUCUUUCAUCUGAUAAGCAAAUGGUGACUGCUGAUCCAGAUGUCAAAACUAUUGACCUAUGUGAUGAUGAUGAUUUUCUUGUUGUUGCAUGCGAUGGAAUAUGGGAUUGUAUGUCAAGCCAGGACCUAGUGGACUUUAUUCAUGAACAGUUGAAAACUGAAACGAAACUUUCCACGGUAUGCGAAAAAGUCGUGGAUAGAUGUUUGGCACCAGACACUGCGAGUGGUGAAGGUUGUGAUAAUAUGACCAUCACCUUGAUUCAGUUCAAGAAGCCAAACCCAUCCGAGACUGAACCAGAAGAACCCAAACCAGAACUAAGCCAGGAUGAGCCGAGCUCGUCAAGCUAGAUGUUUUUAAAGAGCCAAGAGGAAUAUUUGUGAAAAGCCUCUUUUAUCACUGACUUUGGGUUCAAGAUUUGUAAAUCUUUUUGAGUUGGCUUAGAUUCAAGAAGCUGGGCGUUUCUUGGGAUUUCAGUUCUUAACUCACAUUUUCCAGCUUCUGGUAUGUCACACAGACCUUUGGUUCAUCGGUUCAUGUAAUCAAAAAACGACUUUGUAUAGCUUUCUUGUGAUUGGUGCAGUCGUAGUUUCAAUUCACAUGAACUUACUUCUUCUGAUGUACCACAGACAAAAACAAAUUGAGAUUUACAAUGUAGUGUUUUCUUCACAAA